AUGACAAUAAAAAAUGAAACUAUUACUUUCUCUGAAUCCACUAAUACAAUAGAGAUUAUAGAGAAAAUUAUAAAUGUGCCGAUUCUUGGCGCAAGAGUACAUGACUACUAUCUAUUUGUAAAAGAAGACUUUAAAAACAUAAUUAAACUCACUGUAAACUUGUAUAUCCAUAUGAACAAACAGAUCCAUUUGAAGAGUAUGCAGUAA